UCCAUCCAUACAUGCCAUUUCUGCACCCAGACAGUGUGGCAGAGAAAUAAAGAAACAUCUCAGCGCUGGUUCUUCUUUUGUUCAACAGAGUUCACCUUGAAGCUUCAGCACCAGCUCUGAAGAGAAGCUCACGUCUAAAGAGAAACCUUGUGGAUUUUAUUUUUAUAAAGAUAAUUCCUGUUUAGAUCUUCCAAAACCAGCUGCCACCAUUUCACCUCCAGCAGCCAUGUACAGCUCCAGCUACUCCCGGGCCAAGUUUGGCCUGGAGGCCAGGGAGCCCCUCCACAGGUCUAGAGGGAAGAGCUGCGGCUACUACAUGAGGAUCGUCUUCUUCUUCUCCUCCCUGAUCCAGUCUCUGAUCAUCGUCAGCCUGGUGCUCUUCCUCAUCUACGGGCAGCCAGAGAAGUCUGCAGAGGAGAAGAGGGUUGAGGAGCUGGAGCUGAACUUCAACAGGCUGAGUGAGAACAACAUCCAGCUGAGGAAGGAGAAAGGCGAGCUGGGAGCUCAGCUGGGAGCUCGCACAGCAGAGAAAGCUGCAGUGGAGGCAGAACUGACCAAGCUGAAGACUGAUUCCAACAACACAGAAUACAAACUUAAAGAGAAAUUAGCUAGCUGUGAGAGAAUGAGUGCAGCAACUCUCAGCAUGAUUGCUCGUCGCCCCACCCCUCCCAUCCAGCCCCCUCCAGUGCUCACCACCAGCGGUGAGAUGAGGACCCUGCAGACCCUAAACGCUCAGCAGAAAGCCAUGAUAAACCUCAUCGAGGCAAACUUCACCCAGACGGUUCAGUACCUGAGCCAGGAGAGGGACAACGCCCUCAGAGACAGAGACACUCACCACCAGGACGCCAUCAGCCUGCGCAGGGACAACGCCCUGCUGAAGGAGCAGCUCACCGCCUACACCAGGAAAUGCAAAGAGGACUUUGCCCACUCUUUGGACGGGAUCAAAGUGGUGACCGGCGACUUCCUGAACAAGAUCAACAACCUGUUUCCCCACCAGCUGACCUUUCACCUCACCUGCGACAGCCAGAAGGAGCAGAUGGAGAAGAUCAGAAACAGCUGCACCAACCUGUCCAGAGACGUGGAGAACAAGUUCCAGAUCUAUUUAGACAACGUGGGCAACAAGGUGGCUGAGAUCCAAGCAAAGUCCAGUCGUCUGGAGGUGCAAAACUCACACAUGACUUCUGAACUGCAGCAGUGUGAACGCACUCGUGGUGAGCAGGUGGCAGAGGCCGCCAAGCAGCUACAGCUCAAGCAAAAGACUCAUGACGACCAGGUGGAGAAAUUACUGAUUGAGCAGAACCGGCUGAGAGAUCAGAAGAAGCUGCAGGAAGACACUUUGGCCCUGAGAGAUCGAGAGCUCCAGAGCCUCCAGAAAAUGCUCUCUGCUAAGCCAAAUUUCCAGUCUGGUGGUCUUAAAGCUGCUGGCCCACAGACCUCUAUUGGAGCACCUGGCAUCAGCAAAACUCCAACGGCGAGAUGAAAUUGACGAGCAGAGCAAUAUCUGACGGCAUGAGUGGUGCGCCACAGUGAUCAACAUUUUGCCUUUAAAGAAUACUAAAAAGGACAUGUAUAUAUUCUUGAUACAGCACACUUCAACACAACCUACCUGUAAAUACUCCAUAUUAAUGUCAUAUUCACUGUCUGUGCAUGCUUUGUUUAGCUGUAUGGAGCUUUGACUUUAAAAAUGUACUGUGACAAGUCUUGGUAUCUACCAAGGUAAAUGUAAAAAAUUCCAGGACACUGGUGUAAAUAUUUUCUAUUGUGUGUCAGUCAUUGUGAUUUCUGUACUUAUGACAAGUUUUUAUUUGUAAUUAAAAUUGAAUUUACCAAAAACGGAUUCACUCCUGGACUU